AUGGGCGAGGGGAUAGGAAUUGAUAAAAAGGGAACGAAACCACCCCCCCCGGCCUCGUGACCCCCUCCCACAGCUGAGACUACAGCAAUAGUGAGUACCACUACAGUAGAAAAGACUAGCACAAUUACUAGUCCUCCCAUUACAACACCAGGGAGCACAGCUGCAGCCACCUCCAAUAUACUCGAGACAUCCACAUCUCCCGUAGAGUCCAUGUCUCCAGCUGAGACAACAGCAAUAACUAAGACCUCCACUGGUGCUCUGGAGACCUCUUCCCCAAAUGAGACUACAGCAGUAACUGGUACCACUGCAGUAGGUGAGACAACCACAAUUACUCUUCCUACUACUUCACUCCAUGAGAGCACAGCUAUAGCCACCUCUACGAUACCAGAGACCUCCACCUUUCCCGUAGCGACCACUUCUGUCGCUAAGACUACAGCAAUAUCUAGUACCAGCAGAGCAGAAGAGACAACCACGGUUCUCUUUCCUACUGCUUCACUACCUGGGACGAUGGCUUCAACCACUUCUGUUAUUCAAAAGACCUCCACAGCUCUUCAAGAGACCAUUUCCCUAGCUGAGACUACAGCAACAACUAAUGCCACUACCCCUGAAGAGACAACCACAGUUGCCUUUCCUACCACUUCUCUUCCUGAAAGCACAACAGGAGCUUCUUCACUUAUUCCAGAGACCUCCACAAGCACAGCUAUAACCACUUCUACCAUAACAGAAACACUAACAACUCCUGGAGAGACCCCUUCUGCAGCUGCGACUACAGCAACAACUAAUGCCACUACCCCUGAAGAGACAACCACAGUUGCCUUUACCACCACUUCUCUUCCUGAAAGCACAACAGGAGCUUCUUCACUUAUUCCAGAGACCUCCACAGCUCCUCGGGAGUCCAUUUCCCUGGCUGAGACUACAGCAAUAACUAGUACGACUAUAGUAGAAGAGACAACCACGGUUGCGCUUCCCACCACAUUACCUCAGAGCACAACCGUAGCCACUUCUGCUGGUCCAGAGACCUCCACGGCUCCACUAGAAUCUACUUCCUUAGCAGAGACAGCAGCAAUAACUAUUGCCUCUACAGUCAAGGAGACAACCACACUUCCCCUUCCUACAAUUUCACAGCCUGAAAGCACAGCUGCAGUUACAUCUCCUAUUCUAGAAACCUCCACAGCUACUCUAAAGACCACUUCCUUAGCUGAGACUACUGCAAUAACUAGUACCACUAACGUAGAAGAGACAGCCACGGUUGCCCUUCCUACCACUUCAACCCAUAAGAGCACAGCUAUAACCACUUCUACCAUAACAGAAACACUAACAACUCCUGGAGAGACCACUUCUGCAGCUGCGACUACAGCAACAACGAGUUCCAGCUCCGUGGAGGAGACAAUCACAGCUUCACCUCCUACCACUUCAGUACCUGGGAGCAUGGCUGUAGCUACUUCUACUAUUCUAAAGACCUUCCCAGCUCCUGUAGAGACUACUUCCCAAGCUCAGUCUUCAGCAAUAACUGGCUCCUCUACUGUGGAAGAGACUACCACGGUUCCUCUUCCUACCACUUCGUUACCUAAGAGUACCCCUGUAGGGACAUCUACCAUAGCAGAAACAUUCACAUCUCCUUUAGAGACCGGUUCCUCAGCAGAAACUACAGCAGUAACUACUGCCAGUACAGUGGAGGAGACAACCACAGUUGCCCUUCCGACUACUUCCCCAGUUGAAACAACCACCACUCUGGCUAUCACCACACCAGCCCCUGUGGCCACAUCCCGCACUGAGACCACAACUGGAGUCACUUCUAUUUUACCGUUGACAUCCACGGUCCGUCUUGAGACAAGUUUGCCCUCUGAGACCACAAGAAUUCCCAGCACCUCUAGAGAAGUUGAGACACCCACAGCUGCCCUUCUUGUCACUUAUCCCACCGCGACCACAAGUGCAGUCACCUCCUCUUUAGCAGAGGCAUCCACAGUUGCUGUUACGGUGACUUCUCCGGCUGAGACCACAGUGACACUGUCUCCCACCACAGCAGGUCCUAAAACAUCCACAUCUGCUCUGGAGACCAGUUCCUCAGCUGAGAUCCCAAUAGCUUUGGGCACCACUACAGAACUGGGGACACUCACAGCAUCCCCUGUCACCACUGUUCUAGCAGAGACUACUAAAACAUCACCCAUUGCUACAGCCGCAGAGAGAAGCACAGCGGCUCCAAUCAGUACUACCCCUGCUGAGACCACAACAACUUACACCUCCACUACACGACAGGGAACAACCACAUCUGCCCUUUUUACAACUUCCCCAGCUGAGACCACAACCGCUUUGGGCGUCCCUAUCAGAGGGGAGACAACGGCAGCCAUCUCUGUGACAACCACAACAUCGCUUUCACCUACCACAGCUGCUUUGACAACUGUUUUGCCAAUCUCAACGCCCGCUCCAGCAAUUGAACAUUUCACAGUGAACUUCACCAUAACCAAUUUCAAAUAUGAUUCACAACUGGGAUCUCCUCAUUCUGCCCGGUUCAAUGCUACUGAGAAAGCCUUGAUCUCGUUGCUCAACCCAAUAUUUGGAAGCAGCAGCAUCGGCCCAGAUUAUAUAAGAUGUGAAGUGACGGCUUACAGACCGGUGAGAGCUGGGAAUGACACCGGGGUAGAUGCCGUCUGCACCUACAGGCGCGACUCCACUGCUCCCCCGUUUGACAGAGUGGGUGUUUACCAUGAAAUCCGCAACACGACAAAUGGCAUCACCAAGCUGGGCCCCUACACCCUGGACAAGGACAGCCUCUACGUCAAUGGUUAUAACGAAGCACCAGCUCUGCCAACUGUUUUCCCAGUCUCAACCCCCGCUCCAGCAAUUGAACAUUUCACAGUGAACUUCACCAUAACCAAUUUCAAAUAUGAUUCACAACUGGGAUCUCCUCAUUCUGCCCGGUUCAAUGCUACUGAGAAAGCCUUGAUCUCGUUGCUCAACCCAAUAUUUGGAAACAGCACCAUCGGCCCAGAUUAUAUAAAAUGUGAAGUGACGGCUUACAGACCGGUGAGAGCUGGGAAUGACACCGGGGUAGAUGCCGUCUGCACCUACAGGCGCGACUCCACUGCUCCCCCGUUUGACAGAGUGGGUGUUUACCAUGAAAUCCGCAACAAGACAAAUGGCAUCACCAAGCUCGGCCCCUACACCCUGGACAAGGACAGCCUCUAUGUCAAUGGUUAUAACGAAGAACCAGCUCUGCCAACUGUUUUGCCAAUCUCAACCCCCGCUCCAGCAAUUGAACAUUUCACAGUGAACUUCACCAUAACCAAUUUCAAAUAUGAUUCACAACUGGGAUCUCCUCAUUCUGCCCGGUUCAAUGCUACUGAGAAAGCCUUGAUCUCGUUGCUCAACCCAAUAUUUGGAAGCAGCAGCAUCGGCCCAGAUUAUCUAAGAUGUGAAGUGACGGCUUACAGACCGGUGAGAGCUGGGAAUGACACCGGGGUAGAUGCCGUCUGCACCUACAGGCACGACUCCACUGCUCCCCCGUUUGACAGAGUGGGUGUUUACCAUGAAAUCCGCAACAAGACAAAUGGCAUCACCAAGCUCGGCCCCUACACCCUGGACAAGGACAGCCUCUAUGUCAAUGGUUAUAACGAAGCACCAACUCUGCCAACUGUUUUCCCAGUCUCAACCCCCGCUCCAGCAAUUGAACAUUUCACUGUGAACUUCACCAUAACCAAUUUCAAAUAUGAUUCACAACUGGGAUCUCCUCAUUCUGCCCGGUUCAAUGCUACUGAGAAAGCCUUGAUCUCGUUGCUCAACCCAAUAUUUGGAAACAGCAGCAUCGGCCCAGAUUAUAUAAAAUGUGAAGUGACGGCUUACAGACUGGUGAGAGCUGGGAAUGACACAGGGGUAGAUGCCGUCUGCACCUACAGGCGCGACUCCACUGCUCCCCCGUUUGACAGAGUGGGUGUUUACCAUGAAAUCCGCAAUAAGACAAAUGGCAUCACCAAGCUCGGCCCCUACACCCUGGACAAGGACAGCCUCUACGUCAAUGGUUAUAACGAAGCACCAGCUCUGCCAAGUGAACCGGUGAGAGCUGGGAAUGACACAGGGGUAGAUGCCGUCUGCACCUACAGGCGCGACUCCACUGCUCCCCCGUUUGACAGAGUGGGUGUUUACCAUGAAAUCCGCAACAAGACAAAUGGCAUCACCAAGCUCGGCCCCUACACCCUGGACAAGGACAGCCUCUACGUCAAUGGUUAUAACGAAGCACCAGCUCUGCCAACUGUUUUGCCAAUCUCAACCCCCGCUCCAGCAAUUGAACAUUUCACUGUGAACUUCACCAUAACCAAUUUCAAAUAUGAUUCACAACUGGGAUCUCCUCAUUCUGCCCGGUUCAAUGCUACUGAGAAAGCCUUGAUCUCGUUGCUCAACCCAAUAUUUGGAAGCAGCAGCAUCGGCCCAGAUUAUAUAAGAUGUGAAGUGACGGCUUACAGACCGGUGAGAGCUGGGAAUGACACCGGGGUAGAUGCCGUCUGCACCUACAGGCGCGACUCCACUGCUCCCCCGUUUGACAGAGUGGGUGUUUACCAUGAAAUCCGCAACAAGACAAAUGGCAUCACCAAGCUCGGCCCCUACACCCUGGACAAGGACAGCCUCUAUGUCAAUGGUUAUAACGAAGCACCAGCUCUGCCAACUGUUUUGCCCAUCUCAACCCCCGCUCCAGCAAUUGAACAUUUCACAGUGAACUUCACCAUCACCAAUUUCAAAUAUGAUGCACAACUGGGAUCUCCUCAUUCUGCCCGGUUCAAGGCUACUGAGAAAGCCUUGAUCUCGUUGCUCAACCCAAUAUUUGGAAGCAGCAGCAUCGGCCCAGAUUAUAUAAGAUGUGAAGUGACGGCUUACAGCCCUGUGGAAAAUGGCGACGGCACGCACGUCGAUGCCCUCUGCACCUACCGAAAUGACUCCACCAGACCCAAGUUCGACAGAGCGAAGGUUUACCACGAGCUGAGCAACAAGACAGGAGACAUCACUAAAUUAGGUCCUUACAACUUGGACAACAGCAGUCUCUACGUCAAUGAAUACAACGAAGCACUUCUUGGGCCAACUCUGAGCUCAACUACCCCCCAAAGUCCAACAGCUGGGCAUUUCACACUGAACUUCACCUUGACCAACCUCCGCUACACCACAGACCUGGGGACACCGGGUUCCCGUAAAUUCAAUUCUACAGAGAAAACAAUACUGUAUUAUAUUGAGCCUCUGCUCAGAAACAGCAGCAUUGGCCCGGUCUACACUGGAUGCAAAGUGAUGGCAUUUAGGUCAGUGAAGAACAGGGAUGACACCGGGGUAGAUGCCUUGUGCAGCUACAGGAAUGAGGCCACAGCGCCCAAGUUGGACAGAGUGAAGGUUUACCGGGAGCUGAGCAGCAUGACGAAGGACAUCACCACGUUAGGGCAAUACAACCUGGAUAACAAGAGCCUCUAUGUCAAUGAAUACAACGAAGCACUUCUUGGACCAACUCUGAGCCCAACUACCCUCCAAAGUCCAACAGCUGGGCAUUUCACACUGAACUUCACCUUGACCAACCUCCGCUACACCACAGACCUAGGGACACUGGGUUCCCGCAAAUUCAAUUCUACAGAGAAAACAAUACUGUAUUAUAUUGAGCCUCUGCUCAGAAACAGCAGCAUUGGCCCGGUCUACACUGGAUGCAAAGUGAUGGCAUUUAGGUCGGUGAAGAACAGGGAUGACACCGGAGUAGAUGCCUUGUGCAGCUACAGGAAUGAGGCCACAGCACCCAAGUUUGACAGAGUGAAGGUUUACCGGGAGCUGAGCAGCAUGACGAAGGACAUCACCACGUUAGGGCAAUACAACCUGGAUAACAAGAGCCUCUAUGUCAAUGAAUACAACGAAGCACUUCUUGGGCCAACUCUGAGCCUAACUACCCCCCAAAGUUCAACAGCUGGGCAUUUCACACUGAACUUCACCUUGACCAACCUCCGCUACACCACAGACCUGGGGACACCGGGUUCCCGCAAAUUCAAUUCUACCGAGAAAACAAUACUGUAUUAUAUUGAGCCUCUGCUCAGAAACAGCAGCAUUGGCCCGGUCUACACUGGAUGCAAAGUGAUGGCAUUUAGGUCGGUGAAGAACAGGGAUGACACCGGAGUAGAUGCCUUGUGCAGCUACAGGAAUGAGGCCACCGCACCCAAGUUGGACAGAGUGAAGGUUUACCGGGAGCUGAGCAGCAUGACGAAGGACAUCACCACGUUAGGGCAAUACAACCUGGAUAACAAGAGCCUCUAUGUCAACGAAUACAACGAAGCACUUCUUGGACCGACUCUGAGUCUCACUACCCCCCAAAGUCCAACAGCUGGGCAUUUCACACUGAACAUCACCUUAACCAACCUCCGCUACACCACAGACCUGGGGACACCGGGUUCCCGCAAAUUCAAUUCUACCGAGAAAACAAUACUGUAUUAUAUUGAGCCUCUGCUCAGAAACAGUAGCAUUGGCCCGGUCUACACUGGAUGCAAAGUGAUGGCAUUUAGGUCUGCGAAUAAUAAGGACACCGGGAUCAAUGCAGUCUGCAGCUACAAAAACAACUCCACAGUCGCCACGUUUGACAGAGUGAAGCUCUAUCAUGAGCUGAGCGGCAUGACAAAGGGCAUCACCACGCUCGGACCCUACACCGUGGAGAAGAACAGCCUUUAUGUGAAUGGUUUCCGCCUCUCAGACAUAGCUACUACUACAGAACCUCCUCCCACGAUGACUCCAGAGACUGUGGGGUAUCUGCUCAACUUCAAAAUAAUCAAUGUAAACCUAACCAACCCAGACCCGACGUCUUCGGCCUACCAAGCAUUACAGAAAGACAUUGCUGACAAGAUUAACCAGCUGUACAAAAAGAGUGACCUUCAAGGCAGAUUCCUGUACUGCAGCGUCACAGGCUUGAGGAUUGGCUCUGUAGUGGUCGACUGCCACUGCUACUUCAAGCCAGCGCCCAACCGCAGCGAGGAGACCGUUCUAAGCGCCUUUCAGGACGGAACGAGGAAUGCAAGCGCACAAUGGCUGGGAGGCAGCUACCAGCUACAGGGAGCCAGCGUGAAUGGUAUGUAA